AUGAAUCGUCUUCUUCCCCUUCUACUCAUUCUUUCCAUUUCCGGAUAUCUCUCUGCUAGAGAGAUAAAAGUAUACAACAAGUGUCCUUUCACUACAUGGGCUGGAAUCCUUGGUCCCGGAAAUCCAGCUGGAGGAGGAUUUCGACUGAAUGCAGGAGAGACAAAAAGUGUUUUCGUGGAUGAUGCAUGGAAGUCUGGAAGAAUUUGGCCUAGAACCGAAUGUGAUGGAAACAUGAAUUGUGCUACUGGAAGCUGUGGACCACGUGAACAAUGCAAUGGAGCUGGUGGAGAGCCUCCAGCCAGUCUUGCCGAAUUUACUCUUCGUGGACACGAGGGUCUUGAUUUCUACGACGUCUCUUUGGUGGAUGGAUACAAUAUUCCAGUGCUGAUUGAUGCUCAAGGAGGUCAUGGAGCAUGCAAAAGAGCUGGUGGCUGCUUCAAAAACAUCAAUGAUAUCUGCCCAGGAGAUCUUGCUGUCAGAAGAAACGGUCGCACUGUCGCUUGUAAAUCUGGAUGUUUGGCCUACAACAACGAUCAAGAAUGCUGCCGCGGAGCCUUCGGAACAUCUGAUAAAUGCAGACAAAGCAAGACUGCAAUGUUGUUCAAAGAGGCCUGUCCAUCAGCUUACUCAUACGCUUACGACGACGCCACAUCUACAUUUACUUGUAAAGACGCCACAUACGUCGUUCAAUUCUGCUAA